AUGUAUAUCGACAAAUCUGACCGUCUCCUUCUUGCAGUGACCGAAGAGAGGAAGGCUGCCGAGGUAAAGAGGAUGAACGAGUCCUCGAAGAGACGCCUCAUGCUCGGCAUGCAGGGGAAGAAAAAGGGGCGGCAGGCCUCAACGGCACCGGCGCCUUCGGGAGGCGUGGACCCCGACGAUCUGACACUCAAUGAGCGCCGUCGCCAGAUGCAGGCCGAGUCGACGCGUGCUGAAGCUACCGAAGCCGGUCCGUCCCCCCGGCCGAGUUCCGCCUACCGAGGGCACCUCCUCCAAAGCUGCAGGCAAGAGGCCGUUCACGGUGGACCUUGA